CGGCUGAGGAGCCGUCGGGGGCCGGCUCGGAGGAGCUGAUCAAGUCGGACCAGGUGAACGGCGUUCUGGUGCUGAGCCUUCUGGACAAAAUCAUCGGCGCCGUCGACCAGAUCCAGCUGACCCAAGCCCAGCUGGAGGAGCGGCAGGCAGAGAUGGAAGGCGCGGUGCAGAGCAUCCAGGGUGAGCUGAGCAAGCUGAGCAAGGCGCACGCCACCACGAGCAACACCGUGAGCAAGCUGCUGGAGAAGGUGCGCAAGGUCAGCGUCAACGUGAAGACCGUGCGCGGCAGCCUGGAGCGCCAGGCCGGCCAGAUCAAGAAGCUGGAGGUCAACGAGGCCGAGCUACUGCGGCGCCGGAACUUUAAAGUCAUGAUCUACCAGGAUGAGGUGAAACUGCCGGCCAAACUGAGCAUUGGCAAGUCGCUGAAAGAGUCAGAGGCGCUGCCCGAGAAGGAGGGCGACGAGCUGGGCGAGGGCGAGCGGCCAGAGGAGGACGCGGCGGCCCUCGAGCUGUCGUCGGACGAGGCGGUGGAGGUGGAGGAGGUCAUCGAGGAGUCGCGCGCGGAGCGCAUCAAGCGCAGUGGCCUGCGGCGCGUGGACGACUUCAAGAAGGCCUUCUCCAAGGAGAAGAUGGAGAAGACCAAGGUGCGCACCCGCGAGAACCUGGAGAAGACGCGCCUCAAGACCAAGGAGAACCUGGAGAAGACGCGGCACACCCUGGAGAAGCGCAUGAAUAAGCUGGGCACACGCCUGGUGCCCGCCGAGCGGCGCGAGAAGCUCAAGACAUCUCGCGAGAAGCUGCGCAAGUCCUUUACGCCCGACCACGUGGUCUACGCGCGCUCCAAGACCGCGGUGUACAAGGUGCCGCCCUUCACCUUCCACGUCAAGAAGAUCCGCGAGGGCGAGGUGGAGGUGGUGCGGGCCACCGAGAUGGUGGAGGUGGGCGCCGACGACGACGACGAGGGCGGCGCGGAGCGCGGCGAGGCCGCUGACCUGCUGCGCGGGAGCAGCCCCGACGUGCACACGCUGCUGGAGAUCACCGAGGAGUCGGACGCCGUGCUGGUGGACAAGAGUGACAGCGACUGAGCAGGGGUGCGGGCUCCGCUGGGGGCGCCUCGCUCCGCCUCUCCCCGCCCCCGCUCCACUCCUCUCCCUUCCUGAACUUUCUCUGUCGCUUUCUCCCUCAGCCUGCCUUGGAACGGGUUGAGGUCUUUUUCUAAAUCGAAAACCCUUCUCCUCUAGUUGAAAAGCACCCCUCCAAGUCCUCCAGCUGUCGAGACCGGAGAGCGGAGAGCAAGGUAGCCCCCCCAAAGGACAGCCCCGAUUGGACACAGUCCAGGUGGAAACUGGUCGUCCAAGUCAGGGAUCUAGAGAAAAUGGCUGAUUCCACAGUUGGAUCUCCCUUGGGGGCAGCCCUCCUUUCAGCCCUACCCAUGCACUCACCCUGCUGCCAUGAUUCCUGCUCGCUGCUGCUCUUCUUACUACCUCUCGCCCUGAUCCCUGGAGGUCUCAAAGCCAACAUUACCCAAAGAAGAGUGAAUUCUGAAGGGGACCCUUGCCCCCUACUAGAAGAACAUGAAAGCAGCGUUGGGGGAAGCCUGGGGCAAUGGGGGAGGGAGGGUGGAGUGAGCCCUGACCCUGGAUGAGGCUUCAGCUAGGCUGUGUCUGCACAGGGUCCCAUCAAUAUAGGCUGGAGCCCGGCGGAGCUGGGGUGGGGCCGGGGAAGGACACAUGUGCACGGUUCCGCAUCUGCACACAGGAGCACUGCCUAUGGCUUUGGGAAGGAGAAUGGGAAACGGGAGAAAGUAGAAAUGAGUGAAGAGAUGAGUCCCCUUUAUUAGCAGCGUGAAGAACCCAGGACAAGAACCCCAUCUUGCUGGGGUUCUCAGAGGACAGCAGGACUAUUUUCAAGGUCAGGAGGGAGGACAGUGUGAGAAAGCUAUGAUCUAAACAGGAGAGAGAGAGAGGAUAGAGAGAGAGAGGCCUCACAAGAUCCCUCAGCUGCGGUCUGGAUGGCGCCCCCAGGAGCAGCCCAUUUCUCAGAGCACAGAAAACGACGGUCCCAGAAGAGGGCAGCCCAGAAGAGGGCAGCAGCAGGCUGCCGGGAGGUGGCGUUGGGGGCGGUGCUUAGGGCAGGCCACCACGCGGAGAGCUGGCGAGGGUGGGGAGAGCCCUGGCACACUCCGCACUCCGUGCAGUUUCUUUUCUAGAUCCUUCUCUAGAGCUAGCAUCAUAAAGCUGCAGAGCUUGCCAAGACCUUCCUGGCUUGUUUCCUUGUUCUUGGGGCAGUGGCUUUCCUGAAUCUUUGGGGGGGAGGGACUGCUGAUUUCUGCAGUCCACUCACAGGUUCUCUUCAAGACGCUUGGGUCCCCUUCAAGAUGCUUCAGCCCGCGUUCUUCCCCAUUAAAGGGGACUGGCCAGAAGCAAGGACAGCCCUUCCCCUCAAGUUUCUCCCCGCUCCCCAUCGACCCUCACUCUUCCAUAUCUUCCUUGCUCUGUUUUAGCUCAUUGUUUUAAGGGGUGGGGGGAGGGAGCCUAGGGACACAAACCUUUUAUACAGUACAAAGCUUUGCCUUUUUUUUUUUUUUCCCUUUUCCUAUUUUCAGCUCCCUUCUUCCCUCUGAAUGGUUGGAGACACAUCAGUUGAGGGAGGAUGGGCUUGCGGGACAAGGUCCCUUGGUGCUGAGGGGCUGAAGGGGACUGAGUUGUGAGCAGUUGUAGUUUCCUGCAGGCUCUGGGGAGCCUCUCACGUCGCUGUGUCCUGGUGAGCAGCCUGACCAAUAAACCCUGCUUUUCUAAAAAGGA